AGCCCUCCGUACCCCCGCCCGUCCUCCGCCACUGCUCCUCUCACUGCCCUUGGUCAACCCCCCCAUGUGUGGGACGUGCGCAAGUUCAAGGCGCCCGUGAAGGUGUUCCCCGACCUGCCCAACCACUACCAGCAGACCAACGUCGCGUGGAGCCCCGACGAGCGCCUCUUCUUCACCGCCACCUCCGCUGAAAAGGGCAGCCGCGGCGGGCAGCUGCACUUCUACUCCAAGGAGUUGCUGGACCUCGUGCGCGUCACGGGCGUGUCGCCCGACCAGACCGUUGUGCGCGUGCUGUGGCACGCACGCCUCAACCAGGUGGGUGCUGUGGCACGCACGCCUCAACCAGCCCCAACCCCCAUCUCACGCACAUCCGUUUUCAUCUGCCCCUUCCCGGCACGAAACGAAACCCCACCCUUGCCCGAUCUCCACCAGAUAUUCGCCACAUGUGGUGACAAGAAGGCGGGCGGCACGCACAUCCUGUACGACCCCACGCUCAGCGAGCGCGGCGCACUCGUGUGUGUAGCGCGGGCCCCCCGUGCCGCCAUCCGCAACCCGCACGCGCUGCCCAUGUUCCGCGACGAGCCGAGCCGCAAGCGGCAGCGCGAGAAGGCGCACAAAGACCCCGUGGCGAGCCAGCGGCCCGACCUGCCCAUGGAGGGGCCGGGGCACGGCGGGCGCGAGGGCGGGCUGUUGAAGGAGACGUGGAUGGAGGAGGACCCGCGCGAGGCCAUUCUCAAGUACGCGGACGCGGCGGCUAAGGACCCGCAUAUCAUUUCCCCCGCAUAUGCUGCCACGCAGCCCACCACGCUGUUCCAUGAGUCCGAUGACGAGGACCAGGACUAG